AUGUCUGACGAACAAAACGGAUCUGCUGCCUGGCCAGUCGCCGACGCAGCCCUCACUCAGGAAAUCCUCGAUAUCGUCCAGCAAGCUUCCCAUUUCCGCCAGCUGAAAAAAGGUGCCAACGAGGCAACGAAGACCUUGAACCGCGGUAUCUCUGAGAUCAUUAUUCUCGCUGCCGACACUGCUCCUCUUGCGAUUCUCCUCCAUUUACCACUACUCUGCGAGGACAAGAACGUCGCAUACGUUUAUGUCCCAUCUAAAACUGCCCUCGGACGAGCUUGCGGUGUCUCCAGAGCAGUCAUCGCUGCCAGCAUUACUACGAACGAAGCCAGUGAUCUUAUGAAUCAGAUCAGAACUUUGAAGGAUAAGGUCGAAAGACUCAUGAUCUAG